AUGGGUCGUAAUUCAAUUACUUUUAAAAAACAUAAAAAUGAUUCUUCAUCAUCACCAAAAUUUAUUCAAUCAAGUAGUAAGGAAACAGUUUGUUCGAUUGAAGAGUAUAUUCAAAAAGAGAAAAUGAGGCAGCAAACGGAACAAUUAGAUAAUAAUCAAGAUAAUAUUAAGUAUUAUUUUAGUACUAAAGAUGAUAAUAAAUUUUUAUAUCAGCAACCAUUAAAUGAUCAAACUACUACAACAGCAUCAACAUCAACAAUAACAUCAAAUGAUAAUAAUAAUAAUAAUAAUAAUAAUAAUAAUAAUAAUAAUAAUAAUAAUAAUAAUAAUAAUAAUAAUAAUAAUAAUAAUAAUAAUAAUAAUAAUAAUAAUAAUAAUAAUAAUAAUAAUAAAAAUGGCAAUGAAUAUGAAUUAAAUAAAAAAGAAGAAAACGAAUAUAAUGACAAAGAAUAUGAAUACAAUGAUUCAGAUAUAGAAGAUGAUGGUUUAAAUUUAGAAGAUGAUUACUCAGAAGAUGAAUUUAGUGAUGACGAAGAAUUUUUUAAUAAUGAUAAUAUAGAAGAUUCAUUUCUUAAAUUGAAACACAUUUCAAGUGAAGAUGAAUUAAUAGUUCCCUUUAAAAGAUCGGAUAAUUUCAAAGAUCUUUUAAAGAAUUGUGAUGUUAAUAUUUUUAAAAAAUGUAUAGGUUGUUUACAAGAUAAACCAUUAUGGAAUUAUGAAAGAGAAAAUGUAUUGACAUGUAAAAUGUGUUUUUUAACAAGAGAAACAUUAGAAAAACUAUGUGAUAAUAAUGAUGAUAGAUGUGCCAUUACCAAGGCCAAAUUUGUAAGAAGACCAGAUGAGCCAAAUUCACUAUCAGCUCGGGAACUAUUGGAUAAAUGGAUAGUGGACAAACAAUACAUUUCCAGACUAUCAUUAGAUAGUGCAAUCACACCAAAAGAAGUCAAUAAUGCAAUUAAAAAUUCUAAUCCACACAAAUCUCCAGGACUAGAUGGAAUCAAUGCUGCAUUAUAUAGAAACCACUCUGCAUCACUUUCAACAAUCUUAGCAAAAGUAUUUAAUGAUACAUUAACUAAUCAAAAAGAAAUCAAUCCAAAAUUCAAAGAAGGAUUUAUCACAACACUAUUCAAGAAAGGAGAUGAACUACAAAUAGCUAAUAGAAGACCAAUUACUCUACUCAAUACGGACUACAAACUAUUAAGUAAGAUCAUCAACAACCGUUUACUUGCAGUUACAAAGAAAAUAAUAAACAAAUUUCAAAAUGGGUUUGUUCCAAAUCGUUACAUCCAAGAUAAUAUUCAAAUAAUGAAGGAGGUAAUCGAAAGAGCAAACAAAUCAAGAAACAGUACUACGUUAAUCACAUUCUUCGAUUUCAACAAAGCUUUCGACUCAAUUAGCCACAAAAGUAUCAGAAGAACAUUGAGCCACAUUGGCAUACCAAAAACGAUAGUAGAAUUAAUAAUGAAUCUAUUAAAAGAAACAACGAAUAAGAUCAAGAUAAAUGACUUCCUGGUGGGACACAUUACAGUUAACAGAGGCACAAAACAAGGAGAUCCAUUAUCACCAACAAUAUUUGCACUUGUAAUGGAAGCACUACUAAUUGAUAUACUUAAAGAAAACGAAAUUAAAGGAUUUAAAUUAUCAGACCAGAAAAGAAUCAAGCUAACAGCAUUCGCAGAUGAUAUGUCAACUUUCAACAACUCAGCAGAAGAAUUAAAAUUAGUAUUGGAUAAAAUCAACAACUACUGUCUAGGUACAUCUUCAAAACUUAAUCAAGAGAAAACUGUUAUGAUAUGCAUUGGUAAUAUACCACCAAACCUCCCAUUUAAGAUUAGUGAAGCUCCAGAAAGAUACUUGGGUCUCAAUUUCACGAAAGUGGGCCUCAAUUCAAAAAUCACAUCAAUCAUCAACUCAAUCAAAGAUAGCUUAAACAAUUGGAAAAGUCAAGCAACUACAAUAAGAGCAAAGAUGACAAUUGUCAAAACAUAUGCGCUAUCGAGAUUAUCCUACCAUCAAUAUCUAGACUCACUAAAUGAAUCACACAUUACUGAACUAAACAAUAUCAUUAAAUGGUUCCUCUUCUCCGCAAUUAAAAAUACAUACACAGAAGAACAUAAAUAUAGAACAUUAAUGACAAUGGAUAGAGCAUACGGUGAUUGGAAAGAAGGUGGAAUUAAGAUGUGGGACUUAGGUAUCAGACAAAUAGCAUUCAAAGUUUGGAACAUGAAUAGAUUAUUACACAUUAUCAAGAUAAAAGCAUGCAACAUACUACAAGAAUGGUAUAUGGAACAAAUCAGCAACAGCAAAUAUAUAUCAAUUGGAUUAAGAGAGAUGGUAGACAGAUGGAAAGAUUUUAGAAACAACUUUGCACCACAACACAAUAAACUAAAAUCACUACCUGAUUGUAUCAAAGGUCAAAACAAAAAGCCACUUCAACUUAAAGAAAUCUAUAACAUGUUAAUCACUCACAAAUACAAAUCAAUAAGAAAAACAGAUGGACAAAAAAAUCUAAUUUCAAUAAAUAACAUCAACAUACCAUCCAUCUUCCAACAUAUCAACCACAUAUCACAUCAAAAAGGUAGAAAUACACUAUUCAGAUUUUUCUCAAGGUCACUUCCUGGAAUCAACUAUGAACGUAACGUACCAUGCAAAAUCUGUAACAAUAUAAUCCGUGACCCAUACACUCACCUUUUUAUAGACUGUAUGCAAGUAAAAGAAAUAGAAAACAUAAUAAUUUCAACAUUCAACAAUCUCUCAUUCUUCAAGAUCAGAAAUUGGGAUCUCAAUUCACUAGAUAUUAGCAAAACAAAUAAAAAAGAAAGAAUCUACCCAAAUUUAAUCGGCAUAAUUAUACAUCAACUAUGGAGAAUAAUUUGUCACAAACUAUUCAAUCAAGACGAAUCUAAAUCUCCACCCUCAUUUGAUCCAACAUUAAUUGAAAAAGAACUAACCAACUUAAUUAAAAUAGAGAAAUUCAUUUUAAUAAAGAAGAUCGAAAGGAAUGAAACAAUAUACAAAUUAAAUAACAGAGACCAAUUAAUAAUCAACUUCAACACAUCAUGGCAUAACCCGAACACUCCAAACCCAAUUCCAUUAUAA